GUGUUCAAACGCUUCGUCGAGAUUGGCAGAGUUGCCUUCAUCUCCUUCGGGCCGCAUGCUGGCAAGCUGGUGGCCAUUGUGGAUGUUAUUGACCAAAAUAGGGCACUAGUUGAUGGCCCUUGCAGUGGUGUCAGAAGGCAGGCUAUGCCCUUCAAGUGCAUGCAGCUGACUGACUUUGUUCUCAAGUUCCCACACAGUGCUCGUCAGAAGUGUGUGCGACUUGCCUGGGAGAAGGAAAAUAUAAAUGAAAAAUGGGCAGCGACAAGAUGGGCAAAGAAGAUUGAAGCCCGAGAAAAGAAAGCCAAAAUGACUGACUUUGAUCGCUACAAGGUUAUGAAAGCAAAGAAAAUGAGAAACAGGAUCAUCAAGCAUGAAAUGAAGAAGCUCCAGAGGUUGGCUUCUAAAAAAGGCAAGAAGCCAGAGAAGUCAGAGAAGCCAGAGAAGCCAGAGAAGGCACAGAAGUCGGGGAAGGUGCAGAAGGCACAGAAGACGCAGAAAUAAAAUGAACUUCUACUUAUGUAUGACUUUGCGUCCUUGUUCUGAUCCUUUAAAAUUGACAAAUGGUUAAGCACCUGGUUUAAAUUGUAAUCAUAAGUUCACUUUUGCUUCUAACCAAGAA